AUGAAUGAUGAUACGUUAAUUUUAUUAAAUGAAGGAAUUAAUUUGAUAUUUGAUAAAUGGACGGUUCUUCGGUUAGCUGUUACGAAUAAUUGGGGAGGAAUGAAUUCAGAAGAAAAAAAAAAAAAAUUAAUUGAAUAUGUAUAUAACUUUGUUUUAUCAAACAAUUUUCGUAAAAAUAAAUUAUGUGAUUUUUUAAGAGAUGAAAUGAAUACCCUCUUUAAUGUUGAAAUUGAAGAUGAUAGUGAUAUAGAAAUUGCAGAGUUAAUAUUAGAACUUUAUGAGAAUUUAAAAAAAAAAAGUUUUGAUAUAUUAGAAAAAAUUAGAAAAAUAGAAGUAUCUGAUUUAUCACAAUCUAAAGAAAAAGAAUUAAUAGAUGAGGUUGAAGUUACUGACGAGGAAUAUUCAAAUAGUGAAUACUCAGAUGAAAAUUACUCAAAUAGUGAAUAA